GGUGGGGGAGAAGGCUAAGGGGGAGGGGAAGAGCCGUGCCCAGCCUCAGAAACAGGCCUAUUUGAUGGACAUGUAAUAGGGGACGGUGACAGCCUCUCUUCACUCAGUGCCCAAACUAGCACCGCCCCCCCAUAGUCCUGUAUAGGGGAUUAUACAGAGGCCGGGGUCACUAUGGCGGGUGACCGUUCCGGGUGCUGCUGAUGAUUAUUUGCAGGAUUGUUCGAGGCGAAGGACUAGUCUAUAGGGAUUUAGUAUGAGGCUCUUUUAACCUGAUGAGGAGUCUAGAAUGUGGGAUUUUUUUACCCCAGAGGGGCGAUUAUUAUUGUGGGGAAAAGAGAAAUCUUAUGCUGGAGGUUGAUUUUUUUUAAACCCAGGAGGGGGUUUUUACCCGGUAAAGUGGAUUGUCAGAGGCGGGGUUGUCCCUUCCCCCUGCAAGGGGGGUGUUUACCCCUACGCUGGGUCAGGGUGUCAGGGGCUUUACUGAACGGUGGGCUCGCAGACCUAAGCCACUGCCUACAAGGACUGGCAGCAGCAGCCCCCAGAUAUUGCUUGGCGUAGGAGGCGCUGCCUACACGGGGUCCUUCUCCUCCCUGGCAGCAUCAGCUUCUCAUUCCGUCCUGCCCCUCGUCACCCACCCGAACCGGUUCCUCCCUCAGCAGCGUGUCCGGUGUGUCGCCACCGCCCUCUCUGUUGCUGUCGGCGGCGGCUGCUGCGUAGCAUCAAAACAUGCAGGAUGAGCUGCUCCUGGGGGUGACACAGCAGCAGGCAGGGAGCGAGAGGCUGGGCAGCGGCCCCGCAGCAGGACACCCCCCUCUCAGCCACCCCUCCUCUGACUUUAAACCCAGUCUCGGCCCCCACCACCAGGAUUUAAACAAGCAGCAGCCGCUACCGCCUGCGCCUCAGCUGAGCCAGAAGAGGAAAGAGUUCAAGCAGCAGCAGCUCAGCAGCCCAGCCCAGCUCGGCAGCAGCCACCCCCUGACUAACCACCACUCCCCCGACUAUCAUCGCCACCCCCCUCAGCAGCAGCACUUCAGCCACCCCACUGACAAGUACCAGGAGCACAGGCAGCCGCGCCAGCUCCUCAGCGCUCGCCCCCCGGAGCAGCCGCAGACAGGGGACUAUCCGCCCUACCAGCCGCUCAGCCCUGCCGAGCAGAAGGGCGGCGCAGAGAGCGGGGGCUCGGAGCGGCUCCCCCCUUCCUGCCCGGGGGCACAGGCAGCCGCGGACCCCAAUGUGGGGGUGGUUGUCUCCUCCUGUGUGAAUCCGCCUCCGUCUCCUCCUCACCUGCAGGCUACAGCCCAGUUGCCCCCCAUGGAGUCCCCCCCGAACAGCCACUUGCUGGGCAACCCGGGGACCCUCUUGCCGGGCGGGCUCGGCUCCGGCUUCAGCAGCCUGCAGAGCUCGGAGAUCCCCAGCCCCCAUCACCAGAGCGGGGGCGGCUCCUCCUCAGCGGCUUCCCCUCCUCCGCCGCCGCUGCCCGGCUUCGGCACCCCCUGGUCGGUGCAGACCUCGUCGCCGCCUCCGCCGCAAACGCAGCAGCCUCCAGUCUCCAGCAGCAGCAGCGGGAGCCAGAUCAGCGCGAUGCCUCCGCCGAGCCCGGAGUCCGAGACCAGCUUCUACCCGGGGAUCCCGUCUUCGAUCAACCCCGCUUUCUUCCAGAGCUUCUCGCCGGUGUCGCCUCACAACCCCUGCGCCGGGCCCUUCAGCAGCCCCUUCUCGGCCGCCGCCCCGCCGCCGCAGAUGAAUUUACCUCAGCAGCAGCAGCAGAACCGGAGAUCCCCUGUGAGCCCCCAGCUCCAGCACCAACACCAGGCGGCGGCGGCCGCGGCCGCCUUCCUGCAGCAGAGGAACUCCUACAACCACCACCAGCCUCUUCUGAAGCAGUCGCCCUGGAGCAACCAUCAGAGUAGUGGCUGGAGCACAGGAAAUAUGUCCUGGGGAGGAAUGCAUGGCAGAGACCAUCGUAGAACUGGAAACAUGGGAAUUCCAGGAACUAUGAACCAAAUUUCUCCUUUGAAGAAGCCCUUUUCUGGUAAUGUCAUAGCUCCCCCUAAAUUUACUCGCUCUACUCCAUCGCUGACACCAAAAUCAUGGAUUGAAGAUAAUGUUUUCCGAACCGACAACAACAGUAAUACUCUCUUACCCUUACAGGUAAGAAUGGAUCGAAAUAGAAUGUAUGACAGUCUGAAUAUGCACUCAUUGGAAAACUCUCUUAUUGACAUCAUGAGAGCAGAGCACGAUCCGCUUAAAGGUCGCUUGAGUUAUCCACAUCCAGGGACUGACAAUCUUCUGAUGUUAAAUGCAAGGAGUUAUGGGAGAAGACGAGGUCGUUCUUCCCUCUUCCCAAUAGAUGAUGGUUUGCUGGACGAUGGCCAUAGUGAUCAAGUUGGUGUCUUGAAUUCACCUACGUGCUAUUCAGCUCAUCAGAAUGGAGAACGGAUAGAACGUUUCUCUCGGAAAGUAUUUGUUGGUGGCCUUCCACCAGAUAUUGAUGAAGAUGAAAUUACUGCUAGCUUCAGACGAUUUGGGCCUCUGGUAGUAGACUGGCCUCACAAAGCAGAAAGCAAGUCCUACUUUCCACCUAAAGGAUACGCGUUCCUCCUUUUCCAAGAGGAGAGCUCUGUUCAGGCACUGAUUGAUGCCUGCAUUGAAGAAGAUGGAAAGCUCUAUCUAUGUGUUUCCAGUCCUACUAUCAAGGACAAGCCAGUUCAGAUUCGUCCCUGGAACUUAAGUGAUAGUGACUUUGUGAUGGAUGGUUCACAGCCGCUUGAUCCUCGAAAAACAAUUUUUGUUGGAGGCGUCCCUAGGCCAUUAAGAGCUGUGGAAUUGGCUAUGAUAAUGGACCGUCUCUAUGGUGGAGUUUGUUAUGCAGGAAUUGAUACUGACCCUGAGCUGAAAUACCCCAAAGGUGCUGGGCGUGUUGCAUUUUCCAAUCAGCAGAGUUAUAUUGCUGCCAUUAGUGCUCGGUUUGUUCAACUUCAGCAUGGCGAUAUCGAUAAACGACUGUAUCAUGCACAGAAGUCUUCAUUGAUCUGUCACAAUGAUGCCCAGGUGGAGGUAAAGCCAUAUGUGUUGGAUGACCAGAUGUGUGAUGAAUGCCAGGGUGCACGAUGUGGUGGAAAGUUUGCUCCUUUCUUUUGUGCCAAUGUCACUUGCCUGCAGUAUUACUGUGAGUUUUGCUGGGCAAACAUCCACUCUCGUGCAGGUCGUGAAUUCCAUAAGCCAUUGGUAAAGGAGGGGGCUGACCGCCCACGUCAGAUCCACUUCCGCUGGAACUAAGCAUAGUGAACCAGCGUCUACAUAAGGAAAGAAGGGUGCAUGUGGCUUACUGUGUUUGAAGAUACUGACAUGCAGAAGAAAUAAGUGCAUUCUUCUGCUUUUCACCCCAGCUAUCAAUACAUGCAUCUUUAUCAGCAGCCAAAACACUACAAGCCUCUUGUUUUUCACCAAAACCCUACAUCUCAGGCUUACUAAUUUUUGUGAUAUUUUCAUGUUAAAAUAAAAUGUUCUUUUGUAUUUUC